AGGAAGUGCAAGACAGAAACUCUGGGUCUGAGAGGAAGGAGAGACGCUGCAUUCCGCAACAUUGAUUUUUCGUGGUGGACGACGCCACUCCAAUUGGCUGGCAGCGACGUGCGGUAACAACUGCUGGAAUUUUAAGUGUGCCACCAGCUAGCCACCAUGAGCGGUGACGAAGGCGGCUGCAGCGAGAAGCAGACCCUGAACCUCUCCAAACAAAAGCUCAAGAAGGUGCCCAAGCAGGAGGAUGCACACAACAUACGCAAGCUGAUACUGGACGAGAAUGAGCUGCAGAAAAUCGACAACAUUGACUCGUACCUCAAGAUCGAAACGCUGUCGCUGGCGAAGAACCAAUUGCUGCGUAUGUAUGGCGUCUGUCGGCUGCACUGUCUGCGCGAACUGAACCUCUCCUUCAAUGGCAUUCUCUCGAUUGAGGGCCUCAAGGAUUGCCUGCACCUGCGAGUGCUCAAUUUGGAGGGCAACAACAUCAAGACCAUCGAACAUCUAAGCACGAAUGUGGCGUUGGAGUGCCUUAAUCUGGCGGAGAACAGCAUCACCAGCAUAUCGGACAUCUCGUAUUUGGGCAAUCUCAAGGAGCUCUACCUGCACGGCAAUCGUCUGACGCAUCUGCGGCAAUGCGACAAGUACUUGCCCACCUCCCUGGAAACACUGACGCUGGCCAAGAACAACAUCGAUGACUUGAACGAGAUCUGCACGCUGUCGCAUCUGAGCAAUCUCCUCAGUCUCUCCAUCAACGAUAAUGGCUGUGUGAACAUGUCCCUGGGUCCCAAUAGCGUGGACGGCUUUGAUUAUCGGCCUUUUGUGCUGAACUGGUGCAUGAGCCUCAAGUGCAUUGAUGGCUAUGCGGUGGAUCCCAUCGAGAGCCUCAAGGCCGAGUGGCUGUACAGCCAGGGGCGUGGUCGCCAGUUCCGUGUGGGCGAGCAGCCCGCGCUGGCCAAGCAUCUGAGCACCUUCUGUCCACUGGUGGGCAAGGCCCUGGAGAACGAAGACGAUCGCAAGCUGCGCCUAAUCCUAAGCAAGGCGCAGCAUCAUCAGCGCCAGCUGCAGGAGGAGAUCAUGGACAAUGCGAAUAGCUCCGCGAGCACUUCACCCUCAUCGCAUCGCAGAAAGCCCACCAGUCGCAUACAGUCACCAAGAUUCUCUCGCUUGAGUGGCCGCCAAGGCUCGCCCGAGUCCAUGGUGAAUAGUUAUCAUGGCAACAGCAGCAGCAAUAGCAGCAUCAACGACAAUGGCUCCGUCAAUCAUUCGCUGCAGAUGAGCAUUUCGCUGAUUGAGAACAUCAAGAACGAUGGCGACUACUCGCUCGCAGGCAGCGGCAUGUCCAGCAGCGUGACCACCAAGACCUACAAUUCGACGGAAUCAACGCCUCGCAACAUAACGCCAAAUCCCUAUAAUGAUCAAACAUUCCUCAGUCAACCGCCUGCGGGUGGCCCUUUGGCUGCUGCUUCGAAAAUGGUGCCCGUGCCGGAGACUCUAAUGAGUCCGGAUGUCUGUCCCGCUGCCGUGGCCCAACGUGUGACGGUCAGUGCGCUCAAUUCGCAGCUGCACAAAACGAAAAUCAACAAAAACAAAGACAACAAAUUGAACUUGCCGCGUGUGCGUAGUCCACUGCUGAAGCGCACACAGAGUCCCACGAGCAGUCCACGCAAGGUGGCAGCCAGAACAACAGACAGAGUGCAGCAGCAGCAGCAUAUGACUUCGACAACGACGGACAGCACGGAUGAUGAUGAACAGAUUAACAUUGACAAGUUGACGACCAUUAGGAAGAUGGCAGCGCAGAGGAAUCAGCAGCAGCAACAGCAGCAGCUGGUGGACAACAGCAGUCAGAACUGUGCGGCGGAUCGUUUGAUCGAGCACAUGACAGAGUCCUCUGCGGUUAUUAUACAGAAAAUGUGGCGUGGCUAUUAUACGCGCAAGAAACACAAUCCGGACAUUGCCGAGAAGCUGCAGCGACGCCGCGUGCAGGAGUACAUUGAACAACUCAGCAAAGACAUGCGACUGACCAAGGCGCAGCUGGAGAAUGAGCGAAAGAUUCAGCAGCUGCAGAUGCAGGCCAUCAAUGCGCUGUGGAAGAAGGUGUCUAGCAUGCAUGUGGAUCCAAAGGCUGCCACAGCAGCAAUCGUUCCCGUACAGGCCACAGUUUCGUGCGAGGAUGUCAGUGCUGGUGGCGGUGGCUCUGCGCCCGUGAGUCUUGAUCAGAACUCGGCCUCUGUGGUCAACGAUCUGGCGCAACGUUGCACCAUGCUGACGGACCAAGUGCAGCAGCUGCAGAGCUCGAUCGGGACGAUUGUCAACUGCCUGACAAUGGUGUGUAAUUUGCCACAGGAUGCGCUCAUUAGACAGCCCGAAGCAGAGAGCCAGGAGCAGGUGCAGCCAGAGCAGCGUGACUGCAGCUCGACGCAAACCGAUCUGAUUGCCGUGCACACGCCACAGAUGGAGGAUCUGGCGAACUUUCCCUUCACCAAACCGCGACCAUCGACACUGGCGCUGGAGUCGAAGAUCGAGGCGUUGCCUCCGUUCAAGCAGCUGGAGCCGGACGAUGGCGAGCAAAAGGAGCACGAUGAGUCUGUGGAGGCGGAUGCAUAAAUAAAGCCAGCAGCCAGAGCCACCCAAAAAGGAAAUCCCAGUGAAUAAAAAACGCUUUAAGAAUCGA